UCUCUUCUCUCCCUUGUGAGCGAGGACUCUGCUCUCGAGUCUCGACCUUACCCUCUGGAAGCUGAAAGCCCUAACGGUGACUCGAUUUGUUUUCCCCACGAAAAGCUGAACGCUGUGUUUCUUCAGGCGAUUCCUCCAAGAAGCAUUCAAUGUCGUCGUCCAAAAGAAACUACAAGGAGAAGAUUAUUCGUCGCAAGACGGACGAGAAGGCGGAGGAACCUGAGCAACCUAAGUAUCGAGACAGAGCUAAAGAACGUAGGGAAGAUCAGAAUCCAGAUUAUGAAAUCACUGAAUUGGGCUCUUUUCAUGCGGUUGCUCCUCCAGGGACUGUGGAUCUUCGGUUGGCUGACGCCCACAAGCUAUCCAUCGAGAAGAGCAAGUAUCUUGGAGGUGAUGUGGAACAUACCCAUUUAGUUAAAGGCUUGGAUUAUGCUUUGCUUCACAAAGUAAGGAGUGAGAUUGACAAGAAGCCAGACGCCGGAGAUGAUGAUGAUGGAAAAUCUAGGGCUCCCAAGGAAGAUCAACCAGUGUCAUUUCGCACAUCAACUGCAAAGUCAGUGUAUCAGUGGAUAGUCAAGCCUCAAACAGUAAUCAAGUCAAAUGAGAUGUUUCUUCCAGGUCGAAUGGCUUUUAUUUUCAAUAUGGAGGGUGGGUUUUCUCAUGAUAUACCAACCACUCUGCAUAGAAGCAAAGCUGACUGCCCAGUCCCAGAGGAAAUGGUUACCGUCAGUGUUGAUGGUUCUGUUCUAGAUCGAAUAGCCAAAAUUAUGUCAUAUUUACGCCUUGGAUCAUCUGGAAAGAUUCUGAAGAAAAAGAAGAAAGAAAGAGAAGUGAAAGGAAAGAUAGCAGCUGUUGGCAAUGAGUAUUAUGAAGAUGAGAGGGUGUCAAAGCAUGAUGGUGGAAUUGUAAAGAAUCAAACUAGCCUAAACCCCCCUCCACCUCCCCCACCUCUGAAAAAGGUACAGCCCGAUCCAAAAGAAAAGCAAGGCCCUGCAGUUGCCAGAGCUGAAGGCGAUGACAUAUUUGUGGGGGAUGGAAUUGAUUAUGCUAUCCCCAGUAAAGAUAUGAGCCAAAGCCCUAUCUCAGAAGACAUGGAGGAGUCCCCUCGCAAUAGGGAAAAAACUUCCUACUUUAGUGGACCUGCUUAUGGUCCGAUCCCGCCCUCUGAACCUUCCCAUGAUUGGCAGCAAAUGAGUGGAUAUGAUGCUAUGCAAGCACAGGCCUUAGCCGGUGGCUAUCAAGCAGAGUGGCAAGAUUACCACUAUGCUGAGCAGCUAGCUUAUCCUGAGCAAUACCUCCAGCCAAACAUUCAGGGUUAUGAUGUCCAAACAGGUUUAAACAUGCAACAGGACCCACGCUUCAUGACUCAAGAGGAGAAAGACAGGGGUUUAGGCUCCGUGUUCAAGCGUGAUGAUCACAGGCUUCAGCAAUUGCGAGAGAAAGAUGCUCGGGAGAAGGAUCCAAAUUUCAUAUCUGAGAGUUACUCUGAAUGCUAUCCUGGAUACCAAGAGUACAACCGUGAGAUUGUUGACAGUGACGAUGAAGAUGACUUAUCGAAAAUGGAUAUGGGUGGAAGGGCAAAGGGUCGUCUCCACCGGUGGGACUUUGAGACUGAAGAGGAAUGGGCAAAAUACAAUGAGCAGAAGGAAGCAAUGCCAAAGGCUGCAUUCCAGUUUGGGGUGAAGAUGCAAGAUGGUAGGAAGACUAGAAAACAGAAUAAAGACCAGAAACUUACUAAUGAGCUGCACAAGAUUAACAAGAUACUUGCCAGAAAGAAGAUGGAGAAGGAGAAGGGUGAGCUAAAUGAUGAUGGGGGCAUCUAUGACGAUGAAUCACAUCCAGGUAAGAAGCUUAGGAUAUAAAGUUUGGUAAUGAGGCCCACAAGAUUGACGAACAUACUAGACAGAAAGAAGUCGGAAAGAAGGAAGGGUGAGAUAGAUGAUAACCGGGCUGGGUGGGGGGUGGGGGGGGUUGCGCCUCUGUGACGCAUUGUCACAUCCCAGGAAGAAGCUUUAGGUAUAAAGCUUGGUGGAUUGGUGACACUAUGUAUCAUUGUAUUUCCAUGUGGUUUUUUCAAAACAGUGGGAUUGGGAAGGUGGUUUGGAAAAUUUUGAAUUGUUUAGGCUAGGCAUAUGAACUGUCUCAGAAGUUUUUGUACUAUCAACCAUAAGGCAGAUCCAUUAUUUGGGUUGGA